AUGAAACAUACUUUAUUCACAACACUCUUUCUCAUCUACUCAACUUUCCACUUACCUACAGUGAUCCCAUGUGAAGUCACAUUUGUUAUUGAAACUGCAAGGAACUUCAAUUCAUCAGAUAUCGAGAAAGUUCUGGAGAAAUCUGUGGAUAGUUUAUCGCAAUGCACCAGAUAUUGCUCAUCGAUCCAAAACUGUUCCCACUUCACUUUCUCCCAUGCCGCCGAGAAGAACAUCAUCUCGAAUUGCCACCUCUUCCGUUCAACGACAUAUUCGUCUAAUUCUCCACAUUCCAUUGAAACGACGUCAGGUUCAUUGACCGUCGGAACAAAAACAUGUUUAGAAAUUAAAUGUCCAAAACGAAGUUUUUCUUUCGAAAAGUUUUCCGAGAAGUCUUUGUUGAAUUCGUCGUUUAUUAUUAGGACAUUUUCGGUUCCGGUCGAGGAAUGUUUGUCGAAAUGUCAGAAGGACUCUUCUUGCCGCGCUGCUCUCCACAACCAUGUCACAUCUCUCUGCCAAUUAUCUCGAGUCUCAUUGAAUUCUGUGUACAAUCCAAGACUUUAUUUCAAAUCCAGCUACUCGACAGACUUGUAUGAAAACAACUGUAUUGAUUGUGAGUUGAUUUUUCAAGCGAUUUUCAGAAUCAAAACCCUAGCCAUUUUUUUGAAACAGAAAAAAAAUUAUUUUCCAGACACGAUGACAAGCUCCGGAUGUACAUUUAUGCGUGUCAAGGGUGGUGGUUUGAAAUCAGUGAGUGAUCAACUGAUUCAAAAUGUUCGAAGCACGGAGGAAUGUGAGCAAAUGUGUGUUGUCAGGUCCAGAAUUGCUGAUCCGUGCAGAUCGUACACCUACGAUAACUCCACAAUGGAAUGUCAUCUGAUGUGGUCAUCGGUUCGAAUGUUAGGAAGAUCUCCGCUGGAAGUUCUUAAGCCAAAUCUUUUCCAUGGGGAUCUAGACGAUUGUGUUAAUUUUUCCUUAAAGUGUCGAGAAAAUAACUUGGAAAUCAAGGCCAGCUCAAUGAGGAUGUUUAUCGGAAAAAUGAUGACCAAGAAAUCUAAGAAAAUCAUGUGCGAGGAAGCUUAUCAGGGUGAAUAUGAUUUUUCCUCGAAAUUCGAUUUCAAGAAAUGCGGAUUAGAUGAGAAGAAAACCAAGGAUUCCACAUACCGGGGGAUGGUUCAUGUGAAGGAAGGGAGUACGAGUUUAGUGACGAUUCGGGAUAAAAUGCUUCAGGUAAACUGUCACCUUCACAAAAGUAUGCCAUCUGAAGAUAAAUUCCUCUCCGUUCAAAUGAACGUUCGAGAGAAUAACAAAACGAACCAAGUGAUGUCAGAUGCCAUCAUACCAACCUCUACGUCAUCAUCUCCCAACACUCCCAAGUUUUCACUCAAAGUUUUGGGUCUCGACUCGAAUGAAGCGGAUACGGUACAUAUUGGAGAUUUCGGAUGGAUAGUUUUGAAUGUUAGAAACUCGGCUGAAGAUUUCACCGUGACUAAUUUGGUUGCUCGGGAUGUGAUCAGUGGUCUAGUAUUGAAAAUUAUUGAUGAGGAUGGGUGCGUUCUUCGUAGAGACAUUGUGAAGGAGAUUCGAAAAACAGAUAAUUAUGUGAAGCUGAAAAUUAGCUUCUCUGGAUUCAGAAGACAGACAGAAGUCGUCUACCACGCAAUGGUUGAGACCUGUACAGUUGGCUGCAUGCCAAAAUGCAAUCUGGACAUGAUGCUUCCCGAAGAAGAGACUAAUGUUCAUUCUGGUCCACUUUCUCUAGACCUGCCACGUCAUCGAAUGGUCCGGCGAUCGCUGGCAGGAGAGCCCAGAGAGCUAGAGUUGACAAGUGAUGUCUACAAGGUCACCGGGCACAAGUUAACUCUUCUGAAUCCCCCAUUACCCGAGAAGGCAUUUGAUUUCAAGCCUCCAUCAAAGCUGCAAGAAGAAAAAGAAAUGCAAGAAAGCCUACAAGAAGAAUUCCAAGACGGCGACGUCAUCGUUGUGAAGCAUUCUACGAGUCUCAUGUCAUCUGUGAAGACGUGCCUGGUAGAUGACGUCACUUGUAUGCUAACUGUGAUUCUUGGAGCUAUCCAAAUGUUUUUAAUGUUUUCCUGUGUACUUAUCAUGUAUUGUUAUUAUCGGCAAUGGAGAUUCUAUAGAGAAUUGAAUCGGCCACCAGAGCAUAAUGUACAGUAUUAUCAGAAACCGCCAGAGGUUAUCGGGCAGACUUAA